AGGCUCCCAGGGCGGAUGGGCCGCCGGAGGACGCAAGGCGCAUGCGCUUCUCCCUCGCGCAUGCUCGGAGGCGCGUGCGGCGGCGCCCGGGAGCUUCUCCAGCGAGCCGCGGCCAACGCGGAGCUCUCGGCGGCGGCGGCGGCUGCGGCGGGAGCGACAGGAAGUGAAGCGGCCCCGCCGGGCGACCGCGGCGGCACCAGCCCGGGCGGAAGGGGCGCUGCGGCCACGACGUCGUUGUCGUCGUCGUCGUCGUCGUCCGCCGGGGUGGCCGAGGGCGCCGAACGCCGCGGGGACUCGCCGGCUCCCAAGCCGGAGCCCGAGCCGGCCGGGAUGGAUCAUCACCACCAGCCCGGGACUGGCCGCUACCAGGUGCUUCACAAUGAAGAAGAUAAUUCAGAGUCAUCUGCAGAGCAGCCCUCAGCUUCAAACCCAGCCCCUCAGACCGUGCAGCCUGCUCCUUCAGUGUGCACACUCGACACUGACUCUUCUCCGCCACCUUAUAGUAGUAUUACUGUGGACGUACCCACAACUUCAGAUGCUGAAGUUUACAGUGAGUUCUAUCCCGUGCCGCCUCCCUACAGUGUCGCUACCUCUCUUCCUACUUACGAUGAAGCUGAGAAGGCCAAAGCAGCUGCAAUGGCAGCGGCAGCAGCAGAAACAGCUCAAAGAAUUCAGGAGGAAGAGUGUCCACCAAGAGAUGACUUCAGUGAUGCAGAUCAGCUCAGAGUGGGUAAUGAUGGCAUUUUCAUGCUGGCGUUUUUCAUGGCAUUUAUUUUCAACUGGCUUGGAUUUUGUUUAUCCUUCUGUAUCACCAAUACCAUAGCUGGAAGGUAUGGUGCUAUCUGUGGAUUUGGCCUUUCGUUGAUCAAAUGGAUUCUUAUUGUCAGGUUUUCUGAUUAUUUUACUGGAUAUUUCAAUGGACAAUACUGGCUUUGGUGGAUAUUUCUUGUGCUUGGCCUGCUCCUUUUCUUCAGAGGGUUUGUCAAUUAUCUGAAAGUCAGAAAUAUGUCUGAAAGCAUGGCAGCUGCUCAUAGGACACGUUAUUUCUUCUUACUAUAGAGAUUACAUCGACCAGACAUUCCUUUCUUACCAAUGUGAAAUUUCCAGAUCAUCUGUAAACCCUCAACUUUAGUAGGAUAGAAGAGUACUAAUAACUGAAGUUAAAUUAGUGAAGAAAAGAUAGAACAUUAAAAGUGAAUGCCAGGGUGGUUUACGUUUAAAAACCAUUUCUGUUCAUUCUCUAAGUAUUUGUAUUUCACUUGUUUUGCAUAUUUGCAUAUGUGCCCAUUUAAAGAUUUGCUUAUACUUGAUAGAAAACUAUAAAGUCUCGCAGUAAAAGCCACAUUUGGUUCAUCAGUGUUUGAUAUCAUUGAAAGAGUUGAGUGAUACAGCAUUCCAGCAUGUAAAUGCCAUUGAUCUCUGACCUUACAUUUAAUAAAAUAAAAAUGAAAUUAUUAACCAUAUCAAAUGUUUUAGUUUUUGGCUCUUAGAUCAGUUUAGGUAACUACACUUGAAACAUCCUUUGUUAUCUAUUAAGGUUUUUGAAACCUGCAGGACUGAUUAUUAGAAAAGCUUUGUCAGAUUUUUGAACAGGAUAUUUACAUUAUUAUUUAGCAAAACUCAUUGUGUAAAUAAUCGUGCAUAAAUUACUUUCUGCAUUUUCUUAUAAAUUGUGUCUAGGUAUCUGUUCAUUAAUUUUAAAUUAAGUGAUCUUUAUAUAUAUAUAGAAAAUUUGGGCGUUAAAGCUAGAGUUCUUUUUCAGGACAAUUUUUUUUUAAUAUGUGAGUAUCACACAUGUCCUUUGUAAGAAAGUCUCUUUUUUUUCUUUGAAGGGACAUGCAAGUUUUAGGGAUUCUCAGAUGAGAAGCUUGGUUUUAGCAUUGUCCAUUUUAGAGAAUUUUGCAAGAAGAAAUUGUAGAAAUUGUAUUAGAUUCUAUAUUUAUUUCCUUUUAAGUCAUUUUUAAAAAUUAAUUGAAUAAGAUAUUCUCAUUUGCAUCUGUCUUUUAAAAAGCCAAUAAAAUAUCUUUCAGCAUCA